GAAGUGAGUAACUACAGAAAGUUGAGUUAGAGAGGUUUGUUUCAUGUGUAGACAUUACGGAAAUACUUAGAUUUGUGUGUCUGUUUAUCAUUCUUCUGGUUUGUAUCUCUUGCAAGCAGUAGCUGCUUCACUUCCUGAAUAGUGCACUGCAUCAUGAAAUUGGAGGUGCCAGAAAGUUUUGAAGAUGUUGCUGUUGAAUUUUCAAGGGAGGAAUGGGUGUUGCUGAGUGAAGAGGAGAAAGAACUACACUGGGAAGUGAUGGUGCAAAACUUCAAUCAUAUGAUAGAUGUUGGGUAUAACAUCCCAGUGGACCACCUUUGGUCAAUUGUUUUGAAAGAUAAGAUGCUUCCAUCUGUUAAUGGUGAUAGAGGAAGGAAUCUGCAGCAAAAUCACCUUCCUGGUAGCAGAAUUAUCACCAACAGGGAUGCAGAUUUCUUUGCGAUCCAGAGUCUUCAGUCAUCCCAUGAGAAACCCCAGGAUGCUGAAUUUAACAAAGUUCUCUCAGAUAAGAUGUCAGUCACAAGGGAAAAUGCAGUGCAUUCUGAAAUCAGACAUAACUGCAAGGAAAGUGAUGAUGGAUUUAUAAAACAAAACAAACUAGAAACACAUCUGCAAACUCACAUGGAAAUGGCAUGUAGUCCGCUUAAUUACAACAACAGUAGAAAAUUUAAUAUUAAUGAUUUAACCAAUCAAUUAAGUCACAGUGGGAAAAGACAAAAUAAUACAAUGGCAUUACAUGAGCAGAUAUGCAAUAAAGAGAAGGUAUACAAACGUGUCACAUGUGACAAGAGUUUUACAGAUAGAAAGACUCUAACAGUACAUAUGAUAAUUCAUACUGGUCAGAAGCCCUACAAAUGUAUCACGUGUGACAAGAGGUUUACACAGAGGAGUAAUAUAAUAUCUCAUCAAAGUACCCACAGUGGACAGGAGUCCUACCAAUGCAGUGUGUGUGAGAAGAAGUUUACAUGGAAGAGGACUAUGGUACUUCAUCAGCAUGUACACACAGGGCAGAAACCUUAUAAAUGCACCAUGUGUGAGAAGAGAUUUGUAAAGAAGAGUCAGAUGGUAAGUCAUCAGAGUACUCACAUGGGACAGAAAAACUACAAAUGUGCCACAUGUGGUAAGAGUUUUAGGCACAGGAGUAAUAUGUAUAGGCAUCAGAAUACACACACUGGGCAGAAACCCUAUAAGUGCACCAUGUGUGACAAGAGUUUUGCACAGAAGAAUCAGAUGGUAAGUCAUCAGAGUAUCCACACUGGACAGAAAAAGUACAAAUGUGCUACAUGUGGUAAGAGUUUUAGGGACAGGAGAAAUAUGUAUAGUCAUCAGAAUACACACACAGGGCAGAAACCCUAUAAGUGCACCAUGUGUGACAAAACUUUUACACGGAAGGGUAGCAUGGUUAGACACCAGCUUAUACACAUUAGAGACAAUCCCUAUAAAUGCACCAUUUGUGACAAGAGUUUUACACAGAAGUGCAGUAUGAAGCGUCAUCAGCAUCUCCAUGCUAGGCAGAAACCUUAUAAAUGUACCACAUGUGACAAGAGUUUUACACAGAAGUGCAGUAUGAAGCUUCAUCAGCAUAGCCACACUGGCCAGAAACCCUAUAAAUGUACCAUGUGUGACAAGUCCUUCAGACAGCCAAGUACUUUGAAAAGGCAUCAGAGGAUCCACAAUGGAUAAAACAAAUUCUAAUACAGAGCAUGUGAAUUAAAAUGAAGACUGUUACUUAGCUAAAGUUAAGAAUGGGUUGCCAACCAAAAAACAUGAGGUGCACUCACUGUGCCCAACGUGUGGUUAAAAGUAUUAAAAUCUUUGCACCAUUAUUUAGUGUUGAGAAAAAACUACCCAUAGGUGCACCUUGAAAUGGCUGACACCAGUCUGGAUAACAGUGAGGAAAACAGUCUCAUACUUAAAACAUGAACCUGUAAAUUACCCUAAGAACGAUUAUUCAAUAACUCGUAUUCCUACAACAACAAAUAAACUGUAUGCAGCAACUGAUGCAGGCCGAGUAUAUAGUCUUCUAGAUAAAAUUAGAUCAUGACAUUAAAACAGAAGGGGAAUAAAAGAGAUCCCUUCUGAACUAAGGAUCAUCUUUAGCUAAACAAAGCCAUAAUAAAGAACAGAAAUCUCAGUACGGAAUGGAUACAUUACAAAAAAAGCAUUUAACGGUAUUCCUCACUCACAGAUUAUAGUUAUAGAAUGCUCACAAAUGUACAAGAGUCCAUACACAUUUCUAAGUUAUGUUGCAAUUACUAUGAAAACGUGGCAAACCACUUUGCAGUUGAACCAUGAAAAUGGGACAAAUUACUCUUUAGGAUGUAAAAAUCCAAUAUGGAAUACUCCAAGGUGUUUUUUUUUUUGGGAACCAUUGCUAUUUUGUUGCCUUGCUGUCAAUCUGUAAGCUGUUUACUGGCUUAGGUCAUGGAUUCAGUCUGAUUGCAAGAAAAUCUUGUCAAAAGACAUGUCACCUGCCUUUUUUGGAUUAUCUAAGAAUGCAUUGUUAAUCUGACAAACAUCUGAAAGUUCAGCUACAAGUCAUUAAAACCUUUAAAGGUGUAAUAAGAAUGUAAUUUGGUCUCAACCAAUAUGCUAAAGUAACAUUUAUAGCAGGAAAUUUGAAUAAUCCAGAAAAUAUGAACCUCCUGAAGGAAUGAGGUAUAAAAAAAUUACACAAGAGGGAGUAUAUAAAUACCUAGGAACAGAUGAAGGGGCAGCAAUACAGGAUGAACAGAUGAGAACAAAGCUCAGUAAGAAAUAUUUUAGAAAACUGAAACUAAUACUGAAAACUGAUUUGAUGUCUAGGAAUAAGGUUCAGCCUCUAAAUCAACCUGCACUUCCUGUUCUAACUUAUGGCUUUAGUAUGAUUGACUGCGCUCUGAAAAAACACCAGAUAAAUAUGAUAGGAAAACAAGAAAACUGCUUUAUACUCAUCAAAUGAUAUGCAAGAACUAUUGUAUGGCAUGAAUAUAUAUCCCUUGGUCUGGAUAAGGCAUGGGCUUCCUUGAAAUUGACCUCAUGUAUAGAUUGUCGUUUGAGGAUUGAAUAUAAAUUUACUAACAUCAUUUGAGACAAACAUUGUAAAAUGUCUGUACCAGGAAGAAAACAAGUCUAAGGUGACAUAUUUGCUGUAGUUAGAAGAUGCUAUUUGGAAAAGCAUGGACAUCAAACGAGAAAUGUACAAAAAUCAGGUCACAGUAAAAAGUGCUAAAAAAGGAAAAAUGUGAUCAGAAAAGAAGAAUACAAAUGGAAAGCCAAAAAUUGUAGUGGAAUGUACAUACAGAAAUCUACUGGAACACAGGCGUGGCAAAUUCAAACCAGAAGUUGAAAUGUUAAUAAGGCAGUUCAACUUUGUGGACUUCGUACUUAAUGUUUCACAAAAUCCAAAGAAAUGGUAGGCAAUACCGACAAAGGUUGUUCAGUACAUAAAUAAAACAGUUACCCAUCUUGUUGCAACUUGUGAUACACUAAUAUGUGAAAUUUGAUUUGAUGUGGCAAGGUUUUUACACUGGAAACUGUGCAAACAGUAUAUCAUACAAGUUGCAGAGGGGCAUUGAAAACCUGAACCACAAAGGAUUACUGAAAAAAUCCAAUAACAACAGCUUAGAAGUUUGAAGCAAGAAAACCAGAUAUUGUAGUUAGUAUAAAUUACAAAAGUAGCACUGAUUCUGAAAAUUGCUAUACUCAGUGACUGGUGUCUUAAGAACUGAAAUUUUUAAAGUUAUAAAAUGUCGAGGCAUAUAGGCAGAAACUAUGCCAAUAUGAAAAAUGACAUACAAAUAGAUAAGAAGUCAUAAAAUACCAAUAUUUGCAUGCAGAAGCAAUAGGAAUGUGGAAGAAAUAUAUCCAGAUGGUUUGUGUAGUAGAAGGAACAAAAGGACCAAUAAAUCCUACAUAAAUAUGCUACCUAUAUGUGUAUCAUGUAUGAAUUACAAAAGGAGGAAAUACUAAUAAAUCCUACAUAAAUUUACUUCCUAUAUGUGUAUCCUGUAGGAAUUACAGAAGGAGGAAAUACUAAUAAAUCCUACAUAACUAUGCUAGCUAUAUGUGUAUCCUGUAUGAAUUA